CAUACCCGUUUGCAGACUACACGCCGUUAGUGUCUAUCUUCACCUGAAUCAUCUUCGCCUGUACUCAAACUUCAGCGUUUGGUUCACCGUCAUAUCGUCUUUAAUCAUGGAAACUCAUGUUGAAGCUUCCACUAAGUUACAGGACGAACGUGAAAGCCCUAGGUGGAAGAAGUCAACCGUGGUUUUUGUGUUGGGUGGUCCUGGGAGUGGAAAAGGUACUCAGUGUGCUAACGUUGUGAAGCACUUCAGCUAUACCCAUUUAAGUGCUGGUGAUCUUCUUAGAGCAGAAAUCAAGUCUGGUUCUGAAUUUGGAGCCAUGAUCCAAAGUAUGAUUGCAGAGGGGAGAAUUGUGCCGUCUGAGAUAACUGUAAAACUUUUGUGUAAAGCUAUGGAGGAAAGUGGUAAUGAUAAGUUCCUCAUUGAUGGUUUUCCUCGCAAUGAAGAAAAUCGGAUCGUAUUCGAAAAUGUUGCUAAAAUCGAGCCUGCUUUUGUUCUAUUCUUUGAUUGUCCAGAAGAAGAGCUGGAAAGACGCAUUAUGAACAGGAACCAGGGAAGAGAAGACGACAAUAUAGAGACGAUAAAGAAGCGAUUUAAAGUGUAUGUUGAAUCUACCCUCCCUAUUGUUAGCUACUAUGAAUCUAAAGGGAAACUUCGAAAGAUUAAUGCUGCAAAACCCAGUGAAGAGGUUUUCGAGGCAGUCAAAGUUCUGUUUACAUCUGAAACUUGACAAGUCUGUGUCAGCAACUCAGCAUCAAGGACUAGGAAUCACCGAACAAAACAAAACAGAGACUUCCGAAGUACAUGUGCCUUGCCCUAUACGUAACUACGUUUACAUAAGUGUGCUUAUGUUUGAUGUAAAUAUCUCGACGUUUUGCAAGUUCUCAUUAUAAAGCCACAGUUUCGUCACAUAA